AUGAGUACGACAAGCACAAUUUCAUCGUCGUCAUCGACAGUAUCACACCCAGAACCACACUCAUUCAACCCCCUCUCAUGUCAUCCACCACUAUCGUUCAAUACGGCACCGGUUCUCGAAGAAAAUGAGGAUGAACUACACCAAGAACAACAACAAUCUGGCAGCGACUAUGAUGACCCAGAUUCGGCACUAGACUACUAUUUCAACCAGGAUAGUCGUAGGAGGACAUACAUUUACGACCAGCAAUCCCAAUGGCCGCUCAAGGACUGGCAAACGGUACUACCCAACCCAGCCGAUCCUAAGGAGCAGGACCUUAAGAGGCACACAUUGCCACGCACCAACACAUCAUCAUCCAACUCAAGUCAGAGAAGGCCACAAAGGGAUUUCGAAACUCCACUUGAAUCAUUUGUCAAGCGCGGCGAAUGGAAACGUCGCGGCAUCGUCUUUGGUCUUGACUCCGACGCCGAAGACGAGCAAACACGGCACUUCGAGGUCAACCCUUUCGAGCUUGUUGGAUAA